CCCCAAAUCCCAAACGGGCCUCGAAACCCGAUAGGCAUCAGGCCGCCCGAGGCAGCGAUGCCCUGCCCCCGCCGGAGAUCAGCGUGAGAUCGCUCGCUCGCACCCGCCGCCGCCGAUGACGUCCGCCGUGCUCGCGGGCCGGAAUGAGGUCCACCACCACAACCACCACUGGGGCGGCGGGGAAGCCCGCGUCCCGCUUAUGCCCAAACCCUCCAACCCUAACCCUAGGCGCCACCGGCCCGGCCCAAACCCUACCCACAGCAUUCCGCGCCCGCCGCCGCCGCAGCAUCGGCCGGCGGUACCUUCCGCUGCGGCUGCCCCGGAGCCCUCGCCGUCGGGCUACGUGACCAUCCGCACCUCGUCGCUGUCCCGCAGGGAGGCGCUGGAGCUGCGUUCGCGGCUCGCCGGCGAGCUCGGCCGGGUCCGCGCCCUCCUCUCCCGCAUCGACACGUGGGAGGACCGCCGACGGCCGCGUCGCGAGGAGCUGCCGCCGCAGCUGCAGGCGGCGAUGCGGAAGCGGUGCGCGCAGAUACUGACCAAGAUUCGGAAGCAGAGGAACAGCGUGUGGUUCAACAAGCCCGUGGACGUCGAGAGGCUCAAGCUGCACGACUACCACGCCGUCAUCAGGAACCCCAUGGAUCUCGGCACCGUCAAGGAGAACCUCACCGCUGGGAGGUACCACUCGCACGAGGCAUUCGCCGACGACGUCCGGCUCACCUUCAACAAUGCGCUGAGGUACAACCCGGUCGGGCACCAGGUCCAUAGAUCCGCCGGCUCACUCCUUGCUUCAUUUGAAGGGAUGUACGGAGAGGCGGUUUCCUGGUUCGAGCAGGAGUGUGAGCACUUUGAGCCAAUGCAGCUGGCUCUUCCACCUCCACCGAUGCUGGCUCUCCCACCGCCACCGCAGCCGCUGGUACCUGUGCCUGUGCGGGUGUCACCAGUGCCGAGGUUGCAGGAGCCGCCCAGGAUGGGGCCUGGAAGGAGGCCGAAGCCCAAGGCGAGGGAGCCAAACAAGAGGGAGAUGAGUGAUGAGGAGAAGCAUAAGUUGAGGGUGGAGAUAGAGAAUCUGCCCGAGGAGAAGAUGGAGAAUGUGCUGCAGAUUGUGCAGAAGAGGAGUAGUGAUCCCGCGCUGAUGGGGGAAGUUGUUGAGCUUGAUUUCGAUGAAAUGGAUGUUGACACUCUGUGGGAGCUUGACCGGUUUGUGGUCAAUUGGAAGAAGGCUCUCAAGAAGAACCGGCAGACUGUUGUGAUGAACGGUGAUGCUGUUGUUACUCCAGUUAUUCCUAUUGAGGAUGAUAUGAUGAUGGUGAAUGUGGAUACUACUGUGGUGGUUGACAUUGGAGAGUCGGAGACUGACAUGCCAGAGAAGAGGACUUCGGAGGCUGAGAUGGUUGAUGAGUAUGUGGAUAUUGGUGAUGGGAUGCCGACUGCAAAUUACCAGUCGGUAGAGAUUGAGAAAGAUGCCCAGGUGGCGAGCAGCUCAAGUGGGUCUGGAAGUGGCUCGUCUUCAUCGAGUGAUUCUGACUCGAGGAGCUCUGCGGACUCUGAUUCUGAUGGGGAUGAUGCUCGGUCACCAGAUUAGGUGGUGCUUCUUUCUGUUAACAAUAGAAUCUAGUUAUUUCAAUAGGUGACUUAAGUUCUUUUGGUAAGGUGAUUUAAGUAGUGUAUAGCAAAUUGGAGGGUUAUUGUUGAUUCAUGUUGUUGUGGCGUAUGUCUGCGGGCGUGCGCGUGUCCAUGCAGAUUAGGUUGUUAUUUUGUAGUAGAUAGGUAGAUGUUGGGUAGUUUGGUAAAUGGCGGCGAAUGUAAAGAAGGGCAUAUGAUUGGAAAAAAGAGAGAAGUAACAAUGCCUUGGCAUUUUUGUUAACAGCUUUUAUCAUGUUGCUACAUGUGUUAUUUUCUUA